GUGACGCGUUUUAUAAUCAUAAUUUUAACUUGGCAGAAUGAAUUGUGUGUGGUUUGCGUUAGUGUUCGCUUUGAAUAAAAAUUAUCAUGUGCACUGCAGUUCAUCAAACGAAUAUUCUGACAGUGAAGAGUACAGUUCCGAACGCGAUACAGAGCAAUUGAGAGCGUACAGUACGGAAUAUUCAGACGAAUCUGCUGAUUCUCGAACAUACGAAUCGUCAAGCUACGAGGAUUUUUCUUCCGGUUCUUACGAGCGCGACAUUUUGCAAUUAAAAGGCUACGAUGGUGACCUUACAGAUCAUGAAUUAAUCGAUCGGUACAUAUCGGAGAUGAAGGCGGGUAGCCCAGCCGACCUGUUUGGCACGAAUCAACAUUAUAGACAGCCUGUUUUCUACAAGGAUUUAUCAAGACGUUUCGUUCCGCAGUAUCUAUACACAGAAGUCAAAAACAAAAUCAAGAAAAAUAAAGACAAUCGAUUAACGCCCAAACUGGCCUCACCAGAACUAGUUCUAGCAGUUGCCAAGAAAUCAGCUUUACUAGAAGCAUCAAAACCUUUGAAACAAGUGGACGAGAAAUUGCAGAAAGAUAUUCUGAGAACAGGGGAAUUCUGGAACGAUGUAUGGAGGGAAGAUGUUAAUCCAGAAACUCUAUUACGAACAGUUGAGGAAAAGAACAACUUAGAAACAAUGAAUAUCAAGAUAAUGCCUGGAUCGAGUUUAUACGACGUGGCAUCGAAGUUAAAGGAACGGUCUCCAAGGCUACUCUAUAUAAUCAACAAUAAACAGAAGAAAAAGUGAUUUUUAUCAAUAA